UGACGGGAGAGCGACCAGAUGGAAUUCUGCACAGCCUUCUCAACAGAUUCCUCACAUUUUAAAUCGCAUCGUACAUAUUUUUAGCCGGCUUUCCUGUUGACAAACAGCUCUGGCGUGAACACCGACGCCUACUCGGGAGGUUUGACAGCGCUGUGCACCGGGACAGAAGCGGUCGAGACCUUUAAAGACAGCAGACUGUCCCAAGGCGCUUGUUUGAGCCUUAAUCAUGCCGCUGUUUGGUAAAUCACACAAGAGUCCCACAGACAUCGUCAGGACGCUGAAGGAAAACAUGGCCAUCCUGGUGAAACAUGACAAGAAGACAGAUAAGGCGUCUGAGGAGGUGUCAAAGUGCUUGGUGUCCAUGAAGGAGAUCCUGUAUGGAAGCAAUGAUAAGGAGCCACACACUGAGACUGUGGCCCAGCUGGCGCAGGAGCUGUACAACAGCGGCCUGCUUAUAUCACUGGUAGAGAAUCUGCAAGUCAUAGACUUUGAGGGGAAGAAGGAUGUGUGUCAGAUCUUUAACAACAUCCUGAGGAGGCAGAUCGGGACGAGGAGCCCCACCGUCGAAUACUUCUGCUCCCACCAAGAAGUCCUCUUCAUACUGCUGAAAGGAUACGAGACGCCCCAGGUAGCGCUGAACUGUGGGAUCAUGCUGAGGGAGUGCAUCCGCCACGAGCCCCUUGCCAAGAUAGUUCUCCAUUCCGAUCAUUUCAACAGCUUCUUCAAUUAUGUGGAGAUGUCAACUUUUGACAUUGCGUCUGACGCCUUUGCUACCUUUAAGGAUCUCCUGACGAGACACAAAGUGCUUGUGGCUGAAUUCCUGGAGCAGAACUAUGACUCUGUGUUUGCAGAUUAUGAGAAGUUGCUGCACUCUGAGAACUACGUCACCAAGCGGCAGUCUCUGAAGCUUCUGGGCGAGCUAUUAUUGGACCGACAUAACUUCACGGUGAUGACGCGCUACAUCAGCAAGCCUGAGAACCUCAAGUUGAUGAUGAAUCUGCUCAGAGACAAAAGUCCCAACAUCCAGUUUGAGGCCUUCCACGUCUUCAAGGUGUUCGUCGCCAACCCCAACAAGACGCAACCCAUCAUCGACAUCCUGCUCAAGAACCAGACCAAACUCAUCGACUUCCUGAGCAACUUCCAGAAGGACCGCACGGACGACGAGCAAUUUAACGACGAGAAGACGUACCUAAUCAAACAGAUCAGAGAUCUGAAGAAACCAGCCUCCUAGAGAAGCAUCCAGCCCAUUCCCUCUACCCCAACUUUUUAUCAAUAAGAAGAACUAGACAAAAAAAAAAUAACAAUGUUUAUCUAUUUAAAAAGCAAAUCUUCAAGACGUUAUUUGUCUUUUUUUUCUUCUCUUUGUUGGUUCAUUAAAAACUUGCGCAAGAGUAGUUCUUAAUCACGAUCUUUCUUUUGUAAGAUAUUUUCAUGAUUUUAUGUUUUUUUCCGCCUGUAGUAUGUAGUGCCACAACUCACGGUGAUGGAGGAAUCUGAUUUGCUGUGUUGGGAGAUGGGGCGGUUAUUAAAAAAAAAAAAAAAAAGAAGAAAGCUUCAGCCAAAACGUUCCAGUUUUUGGCAAUUUUUAUUUUUUAAAUGCAGCAUUUGCUGACACUCCGUUAGCCGCUGCUCACUAGUUCAUUUGUAAGUGUUUAAAUUAAGUAAACAAAGACGAAUAAUAUAGUCAGUGCAUAAACAGGUACAAGCUUUGGCGACAGUGUGGUUGUCUCGUCGUAGCCAGUCAUCUUAUUCUCCACUGUCCUGCCAAAGCCUUUUUUAUUUUCUUUGUUUUUGUUUUUUUUCUCUAAGUGCAAAUACCAGCAUCACUUUGCGGCGAGCGUGUUCUUCCUCAUAACUGAGCAGUUAAUUGGCGAAUCAAACCAUCUCGACGGGAGCUUUUCCACCUCGAGGAGGGAAAGGCCCAGCCUCCACCUGUGAGCUUUAGUACGAUCACGAAACGAGAACUGGUUUCAGUCACUGUUGACCAAAAAAAGCCAACAAAAAUAAUUAAUUGUAAGCAUGUUUUAUGAAUAAUUAAGAUGAAGGGGCCUUUUUUAAUUUAAUUAUGACAUUGAGCCGCCACCGGUACACUCAGCCAUGUUAAUCCCUGGUUCUCUAUGCUGGUGGCUUAUAGCACUUUCUGUAUAAUAAAAACAAAAAUAUGAUCAAAAAAUUUAAGCUAAUACAUUUUCACACUGGUUGAUUUUCCUUUUUUUUUUUGUUUUUCUACAUAGUUUUAAUUUCUUGCCAUGUACAGUUUUAUGAUUUGUACACCUGAGGUGCGUGCCAUUGUGAGAACAUUGACAGGAGGCACGUUGCUGUGUGGAAACAUGACCGUUUUUGUGUUUUUAACUUCUUUUCUUUCUGUACUGUAACAAGUGUCGUGCUCUGAUUUGGAUCUGAUGUUGAAGGAAAUAGUUGAAGAUUCAGAGGUGCCUUUUUCUUUUGCUUUUGAAGUAUUUUUCCCUUUUACUUUUAUUUGUAUUUCCAGUAUCUUUCUAGGGGGAGCUUAAUUAUUAUGUCUAUGAAAAUAUGCUCUGAAUAGAACAUAUGUUUUUGAUUAAGCAGUGAACCUCUUAACUCGCUAUAUUUGAGUUGCACUAUCAUCUGAACGUUUUAAACUUUUUGCAGCUGAUCAGUUGUUGUUUUUCUGCUGUAGUUUAGAUUUCAUGUGAAAUGCAAACUGUUAACAACAAAGUCGCUUGAAAACUCAAAGCCCCAAAUCAAAGCAUUUAUUUGAGAAAUGCGACUGUGAAAAUCCCAAUAUAGUUAUGGCACAAUAAAAUGAGGAACAAUGUGUACAUUUGA